AUGGCGUCAGGGUUAAGUGGCAUUGCCACUAAGAAUGAGGAGGGCACCACUGGAACUGGCGAGGGCCCAUCGCCUUCUGGAUCAGGAACUCAUCUGAAGUGCGACACGUGGAUCCAGGAGAUUUUCCCAGUUAUAUCAAAGCUAAAAAAACACCAAAAAAUACAUACAGGAGAGACUCUGUAUUCCUGCACUGACUGUGGGAAGAGAUUCACAACACCAGCUCCGCUAAAAGUUCAUCAGAGAACACACAAAGGAGAGAAGCCUUACUCCUGCUCUGACUGUGGAAAGAGUUUCUCUCAACUGCGUCACCUAAAACAACAUGAACGUAUACACACAGGAGAGAAGCCUUACUCCUGCUCUGACUGUGGGGCGAAUUUCUCUCAACUGGGCCACUUAAAACGUCAUCAAGGUAUACAUAAAGGAGAGAAGCCUUACUCCUGCUCUGACUGUAGAAAGAGUUUCUCCCUCUCGAGCUACCUAAAACAACAUGAACGUAUACACAGAGGAGAGAAGCCUUACUUUUGCUCUGACUGUGGAAAAUGCUUCAUAACAUCAAUUGUUCUAAAAGUUCACCGGAGAACACACACUGGAGAAAGGCCUUACUUCUGCUCUGACUGUGGAAAAGGCUUCACAACAUCAUCUGAGCUAAAAGUUCACCAGAGAACACACACAGGAGAGAAGCCUUACUCUUGCUCUGACUGUGGAAAAGGCUUCACAACAUCAUCUGAGCUAAAAGUUCAUCAGAGAACACACACAGGAGAGAAGCCUUACUCCUGCUCUGACUGUGGAAAAUGCUUCACAGCAUCAGGUCAGCUAAAAGUUCAUCAGAGAACACACACAGGAGAGAAGCCUUACUCCUGCUCUGACUGUGGAAAGAGUUUCUCUCAACUGCAUCACCUAAAACAACAUGAACGUAUACACACAGGAGAGAAGCCUUACUCCUGCUCUGACUGUAGGGCGAGUUUCUCUCAAUCGAGCCACCUAAAACAACAUGAACGUAUACACACAGGAGAGAAGCCUUACUCCUGCUCUGACUGUGGAAAAUGCUUCACACAAUCAUCUGAGCUAAAAGUUCACCAGAGAACACACACAGGAGAGAAGCCUUACUCCUGCUCUGACUGUAGGGCGAGUUUCUCUCAAUCGAGCCACCUAAAACAACAUGAACGUAUACACACAGGAGAGAAGCCUUACUCCUGCUCUGACUGUGGGGCGAAUUUCUCUCAACUGGUCCACUUAAAAAGUCACCAAGCUAUACAUAAAGGAGAGAAGCCUUACUCCUGCUCUGACUGUAGAAAGAGUUUCUCCCUCUCGAGCUACCUAAAACAACAUGAACGCAUACACAGAGGAGAGAAGCCUUACUUUUGCUCUGACUGUGGAAAAUGCUUCAUAACAUCAACUGUUCUAAAAGUUCACCGGAGAACACACACAGGAGAGAAGCCUUACUCCUGCUCUGACUGUAGGGCGAGUUUCUCUCAAUCGAGCCACCUAAAACAACAUGAACGUAUACACACAGGAGAGAAGCCUUACUCCUGCUCUGACUGUGGAAAAUGCUUCACACAAUCAUCUGAGCUAAAAGUUCACCAGAGAACACACACAGGAGAGAAGCCUUACUCCUGCUCUGACUGUAGGGCGAGUUUCUCUCAAUCGAGCCACCUAAAACAACAUGAACGUAUACACACAGGAGAGAAGCCUUACUCCUGCUCUGACUGUGGAAAAUGCUUCACACAAUCAUCUGAGCUAAAAGUUCACCAGAGAACACACACAGGAGAGAAGCCUUACUCCUGCUCUGACUGUAGGGCGAGUUUCUCUCAAUCGGGCCACCUAAAACAACAUGAACGUAUACAUACAGGAGAGAAGCCUUACUCUUGCUCUGACUGUAGGAAGAGUUUCUCUCAAAUGGGCCAGUUAAAAAGACACCAAGGUAUACAUAAUGGACAGUAGCCUUACUCCUGCUCUGACUGUGGAAAAUGUUUUAAAUCAUCAACUGAGCUAAACGGUCAUCGGUCAUUCGUUACCUCUUUCAUGCCCUGCCUCCAGUCCACUUACCGAUAUCUGAACAAGAGAGCCUCAUCAAA